AGCCAUAAAUGCAUUUGUUUUGGUUGCUACUGUUCCUAGCUUUGGUUCUCGUUCCUGGAAUAGCAGUGCUGAAGCUGCAGAACGCUCAAAACACACAAGUUGAUGGUUCAGCUCAAGGAAGAUCCCAACGUUCAGAGUCGAAAAGAAUUCAAAAGCUGAAGCAACAUCGGAAAACUUUUAAAGAGAGCACGCCGAAAACUCGUGUUGGUUCUUUAUUUGGACAACUUCAAGAGAAACCACACUGCGCUGGAGUUCUUCAAUGUCAUACAGAAGAAGUUACCUGUUUUGCCUUUCAUCCCAAGAAGCGUUGCCUCUUGUCGUGUUCUUCUGACCGUUCAGUGAGAGUUUGGUGGGAUCCAAUGGAUAAACAAGCCAGGUUUUCCAGUGUCACACUGUUUACUUGUGCAGCUUCUGAAUACAAGGUUAAAUUUCCGGAUUCUGCGGAAGCCUGCUGCUGGAGCAAGGAUGGACAACUUAUUCUAUUUGUGUUGAGCCAUACUCGCGCAAUUCGUAGUUAUGACGUUUUGAAGAAUAAGAAAUUACUUUCCGGGAGUUUGGACGUGGUUUCCACUCAGAAAAGCAGCGUCAAAGAUAUCGAGCUGGAUCCUCUUCGUAGAUAUUUUGUGACAUAUGAUGACAACAGUUCGUUUGUCGUAUGGAAUAUGCGUGGUAGUGUUCUGACGAGAGUAGAUACUCAUCAAGUUCGAAACAACCAAAUGGCUAUAUCGCCUGAUGGUCGCUUUAUUGCAUCUGCAGGUUUUAUUGGUGAUGUUUAUCUUUGGGAAAUCUUGUUUCAAAAGGAUAGUAAUGAAUUCAUAGAGCUGAGAAAGGUCAUUGACUUGAAAGGUCAUCGAGCGGGUGUUAAGGGACUUGCUUUUUCUCAUGAUAGAAAGAAGGUCGCGACUGUUUGUAAAGACAGAACCAUCCGUAUUUGGAACAUCGAUGUUAAAUACAAACUUGAGGAAGAUGCCAAGCUUUUAUUUUCACUGGAACCUUGGGAUACCCAAGUUGAUUUAUUACAAGUAGCCUUUAGCCCAGAUGACAAUCUUUUGGCCGUAGUCGGAAAUGACUCUGUGGCUUUCUAUUUAUUAGAGACUAGGAAACUGAUAACGAUUCUCAGAGGUUGUACGGGACAGGUAGGAAUCGAUAUCAAAAAGUUUAGUUUUAGUGGAGACGGAACUCUUCUAGCCACUAUCGGUCAAGGGCAAUCAUUUAUCAGUCUAUGGAACGUUCCAGUUAUGCCGAGCUUUUCGAAUGUGUAGCUUAAAAUAUUCUCAAUCUUCUAUAUCACUCUUGUCAGUAAGAAGGCGGUCAACAAAGGAGUAACUGGUGAAACUGAACAUUUCUAUAACAAUUGUGUUUUAAAAAUAUCGUUUCCAAAGUUGAUCAAGGGUUGAUUUCCAGCGCACUGCUUUUUUUUCUAGUUCUUGCACGGAGGCAAGAGAGUUCCAAUAUAAACCAAAACCGAAUCCGACACCGAAACCUAUCCCACAACCAAUACCAGUACCCAUAGAAAUGGUAAACCGAGACACUUUGGCCAAGGCUGAGAAGGCUAUGUGAAGAUAAUUGCACGUCGACAGAACAUAAACUUACGGAAACCGAAACCGAAACCGAACCCAAUUCCAUAACCAGAACCACAACCACAAAAAAAUCCAGCUCCGAGACCAGCUUGUUUUUCGUCGAGCGGUUUCAUAUAGCGAAUCAAUAUUUGGAU